GACCUAUACUGUUCUUUUCUGUUGGUCUUUGUUUAAUGGCUGCUUUGUUCUUAACCACCUGUACUUAUUCAUAUCUUGUUGAUUUGUAAGAUAUGCGCUGUAUUUGUGAAUUUGUUCAAUUAAAAAAAAAACGACCGACUAAUGAACGGCUCCCAUGAAAGAGCCAUAAAUCCCAUCACUAGCCAAUAGUAGGAGAGCUCUUCCAGCCAAUCAGAGGCGAGAAAGGCGGGACCUUCCUUGAACAUCCUACGAUUCCAAAUGACGUGGUCAGCGCCAAAGUUCCAAAGCCCGUGUAAGCCACGCCCAUUGUCCACUUUCUGAUUGCACCUCAACCCGGAAGUAGACCUCCGACCAUCGUGUAGAAGUUGUUGUUUCUUUGCUCCAGAGUGCUGAACAGGAGAAUAAAUGAUGUUUUACUGCAGCAGCGGCGGCUCGGAGCCGCUCAGCGGGUCUAAAACUGAUAUUGUGAGAGGAAUCAUCACCGAGAAGCUGACCACAGCCGCCCAGGAGAUCUUCGCGGUGGUGGAGAGGAUCGUAACCGACUACGAGGCGGAGGCUUCAGGCCUCAGGCAGCAGGUGGACCGCCAGAGGAGGCAGCUGGAGCUCCUGCAGCCUCGGGUCAAACUCCUCAGAGAAGAGCUGGUCCCAGAUCAGCGCAGCCAUGAGGUGGUGGCUGCUGGUGAGGAAGAGGAGCAGCCAGAUGAGGAGGAAGCAGAGAGCCAGGACCUGCCGCCAUGGACCAGUGAGGUGGAGGAUGGUGGUGAUGAUGAUGAAGGUGGUGAUGAUGAUGCCCCAGCAAACCUCGGGCCAUUCCAAGAUAAUCUGAAAGACCCAGAUUAUAUAAUCCCAUCAAGGUCAGAUACUUCUGUUGGUAAUUCUGUCAGGAAGGGACCCUGCAGGCCUCGGCUCAGUGGCACACACGACGGAAUAGAUCUCCGAGUCCGGCUACUGGAGGACCCUGACACCAAAGUGUUGUCUAAUGAAGUGUUUAAGAAAACUCCAGUCCAGGACCUGAAGUGUCCCCGUGGUCUACAGGAGUCGGACUUCCUGCACCUCCUGAGGUCCUCCUUCCCUCAGCUGGCUGACGGAGAACCUUUUGACCUCUUCAAAAGUGACUGCAGCAGGAAGCUGCUUCCUCUGAGAGUGAACGCUCUGACUCCAGAGGAGAUCCUUAAGGCAUUUAAUUGGUCUGGAAGAUGUAGAAGAUUGCCCCUCUACAUAAGACUGAAGAACGGAAAGGAAAAAGAAAAUGGUAAUGAAGAUGAACUUCGUGGUUUUCCAAGAGUCGCCCACCCGAUGAUCUCUGCGAACGACCAAACGGACCUUCAUACCAGGUCAGAUACUUCUGUUGGUAAUUCUGUCAGGAAGGGACCCUGCAGGCCUCGGCUCAGUGGCACACACGACGGAAUAGAUCUCCGAGUCCGGCUACUGGAGGACCCUGACACCAAAGGGUUGUCUAAUGAAGUGUUUAAGAAAACUCCAGUCCAGGACCUGAAGUGUCCCCGUGGUCUACAGGAGUCGGACUUCCUGCACCUCCUGAGGUCCUCCUUCCCUCAGCUGGCUGACGGAGAACCUUUUGACCUCUUCAAAAGUGACUGCAGCAGGAAGCUGCUUCCUCUGAGAGUGAACGCUCUGACUCCAGAGGAGAUCCUUAAGGCAUUUAAUUGGUCUGGAAGAUGUAGAAGAUUGCCCCUCUACAUAAGACUGAAGAACGGAAAGGAAAAAGAAAAUGGUAAUGAAGAUGAACUUCGUGGUUUUCCAAGAGUCGCCCACCCGAUGAUCUCUGCGAACGACCAAACGGACCUUCAUACCAGCGUAAGCAACGUGAGACGAGGUCAUCUGUCCAGCAGCUCCGCAUCAUCACAAGACCAGGAACUGAAACCGGAGGAGGAAGGAGCUGAGAAUGAUUCCAGCGAUGGUGGAGAGAACCCAGACUCGGAUGACUGGAACCCAGAGCUGGAAUCUCCAACCAAACAAAAAUGGAAAAAUAAAUCUAAAACGGCAGUAAAUAAGAAGAAUAACUGUAAAGUGUGUGGAGUCUGGUACAGGCACCUGGUAAGUUUGGUGCGGCACUCCUGGAGUCACGUGGAGCAGCAGCAGGAUGUCUGUGGCGUCUGUGAGGAGAAGUUUGAUUCGGUGGAAAAGUUAAAGGAACAUCUACAAAAUCACCAGAAACUUCACGGCUGUUCACUCUGUGGGAAGACUUUUGUUUCCCUUGCAAGUCUCAAUAAACACAGAGCUAGACACGCAGUGAAGCGGGCUUUUAAAUGUCUGAUUUGUGACCAAAGCUUCGAUAACAUGUCUGCUCUGUACCAUCAUCGUCUGUCACACAGAGAAGAGAAACCACACCAAUGUGACAUUUGUCAGAAAUCCUUUGUUCUGGAGAAGCAGCUCACGGCACACCGAGAGACACACUCCAGAGUUGAUGAAUACUUCUGCAAAAUCUGUAAUAAGUCUUUUACUAACCGUAAAGGUCUGACCCGUCACAGGGCGAUCCACUCAGCAGAGCGGCGAUACGCCUGCGAGGUCUGUGGGAAACUCUUUAAACUGCGUGAUUCAGUACAGAAACACAUGAGAACCCACACCGUCCAAGAUCGAUCGUUCCUCUGCCACAUCUGCAGCAAAACCUUUCCAUCGAAUGGAAAUCUGAAGAUUCACAUUCAGACUCAUGGCAGCGAGAGACCGUUCAUCUGUGAUGUGUGCGGGAAAGCUUUCGUAUUCAAAGGAAGUCUAAGUGCUCACACGAGGACUCACAGCAGCGAGGCGCCGCACAAGUGCUCCGAGUGCGGACGCUGCUUCAAAUGGAAGUCUCACCUGAAUGUCCACCUCUUUGGCCACGCUGGCGUCAAACGCUUCAGCUGUGGGGUUUGUGGGAAAGCGUGUUAUCGACAGGAACACCUGAAGGUUCACAUGAGGACCCACAAUGGAGAGAAACCCUACAAGUGCUCCAUCUGUGAGAAAGCCUUCACCCAGAGCCACUGUCUGAAAACUCACAUGAAGAUCCACCAGACCGCAGAAAUCCCUGUCCCUGGUCCGCCAGAGUCCUCGGUGACAUCAUCAGCCGAACCUUCAUGCUUCAGUGUUGACGAGCAGCGACUCUGAGCUCCCCUGAACUGAACUCUGGCCCUCUCCACAGCUAGAUCUUGAAUGUGAUGAUUGGUAAUUGAUUAUUCUGAUUCAUAGCUGAACCCCUGACAUCACCCAGCCCAAAACAAGAGGCAGUCUUCAAGACGUUUGAGCUACGCCCGCCUAACUGGCUGACAUGAGUGCCUCAGACAUUUUUGAACCCCACAGGAAAAUAUACUUGGUGUUUGGUUAUCUGUUGUACUGUGUUUUUUUUUUAAGUAAUCUGACAUUUUCAUAUUUUACACUGUACCUCAACAUGAAAGAUAAGAAUUUCUUAAAUAAAAUAAAGGUAAAAGUACCACUUU